AUGGCCAGGAUCCUGAUACUAUUCAACACCAGCUCAGGUGGUUGCCAGGGGCAGGAGCCGGGUGUCCUCUCGGACGAGCUGUGGAUCGCGCUGGGCAUGCCCAUGGGGCCGAAUGCCCACAAGGUGCCCCCCCCGCUGAUCGCCAUGUAGCGCUACGGACCAUCCCCCUCAUACCCCAGCCUCAAAAUCCUGGGGCUCAACGCCCCCAUCCCCCAGGGCUGCUCUUUUGGGUACCAUGCUGGGGGAUGGGGGAAGCCCCUCGUGGACGAGACGGGGAAGCUGCUCUAUGGGGACGUGUUCGGCACCAAGACCACCAAGUUCCAGAUGAAGGAGGAGGAGGAGAUCGACCGCACACCCUGGGGAGCGCUGGAGCCAUCGGAUGAGGAAUCUGAGGAGGAGGAGGAAGAGGAGGAGGAGGAGAGCAAUGAAGAGAAACCCAACCAGACAGGGUUCAUCACCCCCGCUGACAGUGGGUUGAUUACCCCAGGGGGCUUCUCCUCAGUGCCAGCCGGGAUGGAGACACCGGAGGUGAUCAAGCUCCACAAAAAGAAAAUCGAGGAGGCUAUGGAUGGGAGUGAGACCCUCCAGCUGUUCACAGUGGUCCCUGAAAAACGCACAGAGACCAUGGGCACGGCCAUGAUGGGCUCCACCCACAUCUAUGACAUGUCUGGUGGUGUGGCACAGGGCGUGGAGGUGGCGCUGGCCCCUGAGGAGCUGAAGCCGGACUCCACAGCCAUGACUCAGAAGUAUGAGGAGCACAUGCGGGAGCAGCAGGCGCGGGUGGAGAAGGAGGACUUCAGUGACAUGGUGGCUGAGCACACCGCCAAGAAGCUGAAGAAAAGGAAGGCGCAGUCCCAGGAUGCCCGUGGCGGGGGCAAGAAGUACAAGGAGUUCAAGUUUUAG